AUGGGGUACAAGAGAAAGAAACAGGCAGAGUUCGAUGACUAUACCGAUGUCUCAUUCAAAGAGAAAUUUGGAGUACAUAAAGUCGUAGCCAAACAACUCCUUGAGGACAUUAAAUUCACCGAGCAACACUGGCUGAUGUGGACACUGGACUUCUUGCGAAACUACAACUCUUUCAACUAUAGCUCGGCACACUUUGGAGUAUGUGAUAAGAACUUCAGAGAGAAAGUUUGGAUGGUGAUUGACAGUAUCAAACAGCUCAGCAUCAAGCACCGCACACUUUCAAAGACUAAGUUCGACAAAGAUAAAGAGAGCCUUCCAGAUCAUGCCGCAGAUCAUCCUGAAGCAACUAUUGCAUUGGCUGUCGACUCCACCUUCUGCGACCUGGAGACUAAAGACAAUGGAUUCUACAACGGUGAGAAGAAGAGGUUUGGUGUGAAAGCUGAAUGGAGAGGACAAUCAUAUGACACAAUCACUGAACUUGGACCUGAACCAUUCAUAACGCAUGUUACGGCAUCAACAAAGCCAGAGGAGUUGUUGGCCACAUGUCUUGCAAAGUUGAAGGACAACCAAGACAAGAUUAAACAAUGUGCCAAUGACUUCUACAAACUUGAGGCUGAAUAUCUCAAGGUCAUUGACUCCGAAGUACCACUAAUGUUCAAGGAGAGCAGAGAACUGAUCAGCAGAAUCACCGAUGAUUCAUUCGUCAAGAUUGCCUUGUGUGGUGCAACUUGUGCUGGCAAGUCCACAUUGCUCAGUCUUCUCUUGGACAGGUUGCCAUUGCCCAGUGGCAAAGGCCACACCACAGCCCGCAUCUGUAUCAUUCGCUAUGCAGAGUUGAAGGAUGCCAAGAUCAGUCUGUGUCGUCUCAACCAGGCCACUUCCAAGUUGGAGCCCAUUCCCAAUGGAGAGGCUGCCUCGUUGGCUCAGUACAAGACAACCAGAGAGCUGAAGCCCGUCCUCGACAAGUUCUUGCGCCGAGAGAACUUCCCAAAUGAGAAGUUCGAGGAAAUCGUCACUCAGAUCGUCCUCAUCCAGUAUCCAAUCAAACUGCUCAAGGGUGGUGUAGAGAUCUACGAUAUCCCAGGCUACAGUUCAGAGGACAAGGACUGUCUCAGAGAACUGCGCCAGUCAUUCUUGAAGCAUGUCAAUCCACACGGACUGAUCUUCUGUUUCCCAAACCCAGCCUUCUCCACAGAGGAGAUCAACGCAUAUGACGACCUGCUCAAAGGAAUGGGCACCGACGUCGAGCUGAGGACCACAUCGAGGACAUUCUUUGCCAACACCAAGUUUGAGAUGUUCUCAUUCGCUUACGACCAAGGCUUGACGCUUGAGGAGCUCGAGGAUCAGCCAGACAAGGUGCAGGAGGAGGAGAAGAAGAGAUCCGAGAACCUUCCCAAGAGGAGUCAACACCUCUCCGAGGAGAACAAGAACGUUGCACUCGAAGGAUACACAUACGCGCUGGUCAAUGCCGUCGAGUACCUUGAGGGUGGUGGCCAGCUGAUCUUCCAUCGAUUCCUGGAACGAUUGUCAACAUGGAUCGUUGGCCAGCAACAACGUCGAUACGCCACAGCCUACAUGCGCAUUGCCCAAGCCAGCAGUUCAUUCUUCAGCAGCUACAAUACCAUCCGCUCAAACACCAUCGACAAAAUUCUCAAGGAGGAAUGGUUGAACAAUGGCAAUGCGUUUCUGGACCAGCUGGGCGACGAUCUCCGUGAACAGCUAACGCAGUAUCUCCUAAAGAUCGAUGAUCACUUCCAAGUGUUCAUGGACAGGAACAAUCUAUACACCGAGGCACUCAAGGAGGCAAAGUCAAUCAAGAUCCAAGAGUACGACGGUCGCUCAAGAUUGUACUCCGGUGAGGCCUCGGGUGCCUUCAAGGAGGCCUUCUCACCGUGGUUCAACAAGAAUGUUCUGGAGGCCUUUUCCAAUCAUCUGCAGGGAGUUAUUGAUGGAGCCAUUCAACAGACACUUAAAAACAUCUUUGGCAGAGGCGAUGUGUUUGAGAACGAGCUGCUCAACGAUGUGCUGAAGCAGAGCUUUGUUGCCGGCUUCAAGUCCAAGAUCUCCAACGACAAGAUCCUCUACAACAGGAUCACACCGACCAUCAUAACCAACAUGUUUAUGACUGCCUCUGACCAUCCUGUGCUGGCCACGCUAUCCGUGAUCAUGGGAGUGGGCAUCAUCGCCACGGUCUUUGGCCUGAUCGCCGCGCCUUUCAUUGACUCUUUCCGAAAGAUCGACGAUGACUUCAAGGAGAAGUUGACCAAGCGUCUGUUUGUUGAGAUCAAGAGCCAGGUGAAGGAUCUCCCUAAUAAGCUAUUCGUGGAGCAAGUCGCCAGCACACAGAAGGUCAUCGAAUCACUCAAGGGCAACCUGGUGGUGCGCCAAAACCAGAUGACCAAGAUGUCUCAGAAGCUUAAGAAUAUGCGCGAGAUGGCCGAGACGCGUACCAAUUUUGGCAAGGUGGAGGCCGAGGCACUGUCCGCGCUCACCAGUCUGAUGGAUCCGUCCUACAAGCCUGUGGUCUCGCUCGAGGACAUUGGAGGCGGGGCGACAGGUCGCGUCUACAAGGGCACACUCGAGGGCAAACCGGUGGCAGUCAAGACACUGGUCUACGCUGACCCCAAUGGCGAGGCCUUUGAGAUGGCAGAGUCGAUGUUCUUUGAGGAGGUGAACAACAGCCAUCAGCUCACAGCCAACAUCACCAACCUCAAGUACCUGCUGCCCCUGCUGGGCGUCUUCAAGGACGAGGUCAGGAAGGAGUGGCAGAUCGUUUACCCACUCUACGACUGUGACCUGUUCACCUACAUCAAGCGCAGUAUUCCGCAUCUCAGCUUUAAGCAGUCACUGAACAUCGCCAUCGACAUGGCAUCGUGCAUUGUGAUCUUGCACCAGAACAAAAUCAUUCACCGUGAUCUCAAGCUGGAGAACUUCUUCAUCAACUACAACAGACAGACUGAGGAGAUCACUCAAAUCGCACUGGGUGACUAUGGCACCAUCACCUUUACAAACAUCGCCACCACACUCGUUGGCACCAUACACUAUAUCGCGCCAGAGAUCAAGAGGGGCGAUACCUACACGGAGAAGGUGGAUAUCUAUGCAUUCAGUGGUUUGCUGUUUGAGUUGUUGGCCAAGCCAACAUUCCAACGAGCCAACAUCGAGUCGUUCAAGAAUGCCGCACCGAUGAAGGGUGUGCCAGAAGAGUACCAACAACUACUUGUCGAAUGCUCGGACGUCGACCCCAAUAAGCGACCAACGAUUGACCAAGCCAAGCAGAGGCUGGUUGAACUGGCAAGAAAGCACUAA